ACUGAUGUCAGAUGGUUGACUGAUCCACUUGUUGAUUUUGAGGCAAGCUGGAACAUACUUUUCCACGCUCAGCAAUGACUUAGUCAGUACUUUUUAUUAGAUUGUUUAACUGCAGGGGGGAAGGGGUCUUAGGUUCUCUGAUCGAUGGAGACAGAUGAAGGCGAUUUCUUUCAAAACAUUUGCUGUGUAUUUUUUUUGGUAUAGGCUAAACCCGUACCACAUGGUUUAAAAAGUGACCAAGGAGGCUCACAAGGUGUAGCAACACACAAGAUUAAUAACAAAAGUAACAAAGGUGAAUAAAGUCAGUACACCUGCAUACAUUACAAACCACACAGCUAUAUUAAACUAACAAUAAAGGAUAACUGUGUAGGUAUAUUUCUCAUAUAAAGCACUCACAGGAAUACAGCACAAUAUGCAGGAGCAGCUACAUUAGCCAUGUAUGUAUUUAUUUUAUAGGUCAGUCAUGAUAAUGACUUCAGAGAUCACAACUGCUACAGAAGCAAAGAUGAGGUUGCUCUGGGUUGUCAGAGUUUAGAAGCCACAAUAUUCUCCUUGGCUCCACUACUCACAGCCUAAGUCCCAGCUAGGAAUUAUUUCUGGAGCAGCCCCUGGUUAUUACUAAUUUACAGAAAAGUCUAGGCUUAAAGCAAUCAGCUAUCUGAUGACCAAACACGAAGUUAAGGAUGAAAAAAAUAUCUUUCUGUGUUUUGCAAGGACUUUGUUAUUUUAUUUAUUUAUUUCUUGAAAAUUUGUAGUAGCGUCGAUAUUAUUAGCUUAAAACUAUACUAAAAUUAAACUAUAAAGCACUGUCAUUUUAUGAGUCAAAUGGCAAUAAUUUGAAAUGUUGAAUAAAUUGUGUCAUAAAAAUAAAAAUAAAACACUGACUAUAGAGGUCUCUAAACCCCUCGUACUGUAGUCUUAUUUUUUCAUAUUUGGUCAAAGAAGCUUCCCUAGGGUACUUUCAGCAGAUCUCAGUUGAUAAAAAAUUGCUUACUACGGCCUUUAGUUAUAAUAGAAAUGGGAUAUUCACUGCUGAAGUCUCGUAAACAUAAGGUAUGGCUUCGUUUUUGGUCCAUUUGCUCUGAUUUUUGGCGUGAGAAGGCGAUUUAUCCACCAAUUUAAGCAUGACCAUGGUUUGGAGAGAGAAUUUGGAGUUUCUAAACUGCAUGGAUCCCGGUGCCACUGAAUGAGGAGGUUCCUGCUCUCCUUUUCUCCAAUCAGAACAAUGAUCAGGAAGCUUAUCAUUGCUGGUUUGGUGGCUCUGCUGCUCGCGGCUCUCUGUGUCUUCCUGGGCGUCUUCCUGGGGCUGGACUCAAGGACGUCCUCGUCUGUCUACUCCUACUCCAGAGCUGCGGUGGCAACGGACGCGGGAAAAUGCUCGGAGAUCGGGAGGGACAUCCUCAAACAGAAGGGCUCGGCUGUGGAUGCUGCUAUUGCUGCCAUGCUGUGUGUGGGGCUGAUGAACGCACACAGUGCAGGCAUAGGAGGAGGGCUCUUCUUAACUAUUUACGAUGCCUCCACAGGCAAAACAGAAACUAUUAAUUCCAGAGAAACGGCACCGAGGAAUGCAUCAGAGGACAUGUUUGGGAACAACACAGAACUAUCCAAGAAAGGUGGACUCUCUAUAGCUAUCCCAGGUGAGAUACGGGGCUACCAGGUGGCACACCAACGUCAUGGCAGGUUACCAUGGAAACAGCUUUUCCAACCCAGUAUUGAACUGGCGAAGAACGGGUUCCCAGUCAGCAAGGCUCUGGCAGACGCCAUCUACCAAACCAAGACGACAAUCGAGAAAGACGUUUCUCUACGUGAAGUAUUUUGUAACUCGGAGGGAAAAAUCAUGAAGGAAAAAGACACAAUUACAUUUCCUAAGCUAGCAGAAACCUACAGAAUUAUAGCCGAGGAAGGCCCAAACGCCUUUUACAAUGGAUCUCUGGCACAGCAGAUAGUCAAGGACAUUCAAGCGGCAGGUGGGAUUAUAACUCUGGAAGACCUCCGAAGCUAUCUUCCUGAACUGACAGAGAAUGCGCUACAAAUCAAUAUCGGAGGAUAUAAAUUGCGUGUCCCAGACGCCCCCUCCAGUGGUCCUGUACUUGGGCUCAUCCUAAACAUACUGGAUGGAUACAACUUCUCCAAAGACAGCGUGUCAACCACAGAGAAGAAAAUCCUCUCCUACCAUCGGAUCCUGGAAGCCUUCCGGUUUGCAUACGCCAAGCGAAGCAUGCUGGGAGACCCGCGCUACCUCAACAUCACAGAUCUCAUACACAAUAUGACCUCUGAUUAUUUUGCUGAUGAUAUAAGGAGUAAAAUCUCAGACGACACGACCCACCCUGUCCAGUAUUACAGUCCAGAUUUCUAUGUUCCUGAUGACCAUGGGACCUCACACCUCUCAGUUGUAGCUGAAGAUGGGAGUGCAGUGGCAGCUACGAGCACCAUCAACUUCUACUUUGGGUCGAAGGUACGCUCCCGAACGUCUGGUAUACUAUUUAACAACGAGAUGGCUGAUUUCAGUUUACCCGUCUUCGAAAACGAUAACGGGGUGCCUCCUUCCAGCAACUUAAUCCAGCCAGGUAAAAGACCCCUGUCCUCCAUGUGUCCGUCCAUUGUGUUUGACAAAAACAACAACGUCAAGAUGGUGGUGGGUGCAUCUGGGGGAACAAGAAUCACCACGGCAACGGCACUGGUAAUACUGAACGUGCUGUUUUUUGACUAUGACUUGAGAAAGGCUGUAGCAGCAUCCCGAAUGCACAACCAGCUCUUGCGCAACAUUACAGAGCUGGAAAAGGACAUGGACAAGGUGGGCUGCUUCUCUUUUACAAACCCUUUCUACUUUCUGCUUCCCUUUCAUCAGCUGUGUUCAGAGCACAAAACACCAUCUGCUAUUUUACAAGCUGGAGAGCUUGCAGUCCUUCUGAGCAGUUCAGUGUCGAGAAGUAUUUCAACUGACAAUCUUACUCACCUGAAGCAAACAUCUCACAUGAUCUUUUGUUUCUGUCUGUUUGUGUUUUUGUACCCAGUUUUCUGCACUGCACCUCAACCACAGUAAAAGGUUUAUAUCGUAAUCCUAAAGUGUUUUUGUAUGGAGACUAUAUUAAUUUAACUGGACACCCUUUCUUUGUACCAAACACAAAAGGAAACAA